AUGUCUGAAUGUAAUUCAAAGGCUGCAAAAAAUAGUGAAAAACAAAAUAGUAAAUACACUCCAAAUGCAAUUAAUAGGACUACUAGUGAAACUAUAAGGUAUGUCGAUUGUGAACCAGUUGGGAGUUCGGUUCCAGUACCUCCGAGCCAGAGGCAAAAAAAGUCAAGUUUUCAAAUAACAAGCGUGGUAACGGCUGCACGAAUGUCAAAUGAUGGAGGAGAAGAUUCGGCGGACGAUUUAGAUGAAAGUCAUACGGAGGAUAUAUCGGACGUAAUUGAUAAUUCUCGCGUCACGGAUUUUGAAAAUGAAACGCCCAGUUAUUCGGAGGACACUUUUUCAAAGGAUGAUGUUUUUUUCAAUCAGAGUUCUACGUCUUUAGGUACGGCUCCAGUCAUACCGACUUCUUCCCAAUACGGUUUAGCAAUUGUAUCAAACGAUACAAGUAUUAAUAAUCAAUCAACCGGAAACGAUAUUAAUAUUAACGAUACCAAUAACGUUAUUAACAUUACGAACGUUAAAAACACGGAAAACGAUUUAGGAAGGGAAACAACUCACGUGACCCGUAAUGAAAGGUUUAAAGUGGUUAAAAUAGAAAGUACUGAACCGUUUAAACGGGGGCGAUGGCAAUGUAUGGAUUAUUUAGAUCAUACCAUGGUUCAUCAUCAUCCUCCUCCGCAACAAAAUGUAAUUAGUAUGAAAAACGAAGUUAGCGAAAACCAAAAUCAAGCUUCUCAUAUGCAAAACUCUUAUCAAGGAACGGACGGCGGAAUUCCAGUUAAUGAUAUUCACGAGGAAAUGGAGAAUCAAAAUCCUUCUCACCAAGCAGUUCAAAAUAAUAUUCAAAAUUCAGUUUCGCCCGGGCAAAGUGUACACAAUCUUCAGAUAAAUAUUUCGUCAAAGCCAAAUCCGUCUAAUUCAAUCGUUAGUCAAAAUAUAAAUCAGCAACAAAUAAUGCAAGCCCAAGCUCAGGCUCAGGCUCAAGGUCAAAGUUUAAGUCAUCCAACAGUUCCUAUGCAACAAAACGUUCAACAAACUCAGAGUCUCCCGCAUCAGCAAAUGCAACAAGUAAUUAAUCAAACAAAUUUUCAGCAACAAAACACUACCCAGCAGCCAAAUAUUUCGAAUCCUUCUUCCCACCCCAUACAAAACAUGCCCACUCAAAUCAAUCCAUCCCAGCAGAUAGCUUCAGCUCAGCAAAUCAGUCAACAGCAACAACAACAACAGCAACCGCAACAACAGCCUCAUCCUCAAAUGAAUCAAGCCCAAAAUAAUAUCCAACAACAACAGCAACAACAGCAGCAGCAGCAACAAAUCCAAAUGCAACAAAUUCAGCAACAAAUGAUGCAGCAAAAUAGUAAUAUUUCCCAAGCUCAAAUCAAUCACAAUAUGCAGCAAUACUAUCCGCCAGGUAAUCAAACGUCAAUAUUAGCCAACCAGCAGCAGAUUCUUUCUGGUCAGCAAGUAGUUCAAGGUGGGCCCGCUCUUAUAAAUCAACAAGGCCAUUUGCAACAGCCGGGUAUAACGCAUGUAACUCAGACCACGCAACAAAUUCAUCAAGGGCAAAACAUGAUGAAUAUGGGCCAGCAAAUGGGUCAUACCAUUCAACAAUAUUCUAAUCAACCUAUUCCUGUUCAAAUGCAACAACAAAUGCAACAAAAUUACAAUCAGCAAAUGGUUCAGAAUCAGAUGCAGCAGGUACCGACUCCGAAUACAUCUAUAGGAGGUUACGUUAUGUCUAACGCUAUUCAAAGCCAACAAAUUAGUCAAGCCGGUCAGUUAAUGCAAGGUCAACCGAUUCAACCACAAAAUCCAAACCCUAGUAUUCAACAAGGUUCAUCUAUUCCAAAUCAAAUGCCACAACUGAUGCAACAAAGCGGUCAAAUGAUUCAAGGAGGACCCAUGCUUCAGCAACCGCAACAAACCGUUCUUACCGGAGCUCCCUCGGGAACAGCACUCCAAGGCCAGCAGAUACUGCAACAGCAAAAUUACCAAAAUUAUUCCACGGCGCAAGCCAACGUCGGAAUGAAUGUUAGCGGUACUCCCUCAUCGAAUCAACCAAUCAAUUAUUCAAACGCGGGAAACGUGAACGUCGCCAACGCUCAGAACCAGGGUAUCACGUAUUCAACUGCUCCGGUGUCCAUGAACCAGGUCAAUCAAACGAUGGGCUACAGCAGUCAAACGGGUACAACUCAAAAUCCUGUGAUUCCUUAUACCAAUACAACGAUUAAUCAACAAAUGUCGUAUACAAAUCAAAACGUUAACAUGAAUCAAAAUCUACCGCCCACUGGUCAGUCGAGCGCUGUUGCGGCGACCGGUCAACAAGGAUUGCAAAGUACUACGUUAAAUCAAUCUACCCUAGGCUCUUCCGGUAUGCAGAGCCAAAACGUUGUGAACCAAAUUCCGAAUCAAAUGAAUCAAACGAUGUCUUCGAAUCAGACUGUUAUGCAAGGUUCCGGAGUGUUAGGACAAACUCAAAUUCAGCAAUCUCAAAUCGGCGGUCAAAGCCAGGUACUUCAAAAUCAAAAUCCGAACAUGUUAGUGACGAAUCAAAGUGUUAUGACUCAAGGUCAAAGUCAAAGAAAUCAAAACGUGAAUCAAAUGAAUAAAAUAGUGUCGGAUUUAGGACAAAACGUAACGAAUUUAAAUUUGCCUAUGACGGUCAUUGAGGGUGGAGGACUCGAAGGGGUGAGAGGAAAUCAACCUUUCGGAGUGGAUCUUCAAGGGAGUGUAACGCUUUUAGAGAGUCUGGUCGAAGUAACCGGAAACGGGGAGCAGUUUGUGCCCAACGACGAUGAAAGUAAAUUAACCGGUUCAAUCGAUGGCAAUGGACAGAAGAACUUGGUUGGUCAGUUAGUUUUUUAA